AGCUAAGACGCAAAAAUUUGGUUUUGUAAUGCAGUAUUGAAAAAUAUAUGCUCAUUGUCAAUAAUUUGUCACAAAUGCGACUCGAAAUUCGCGCUCGUAUCUUGGCAUCUGCGUAUUUGUUUUGUGCUGUCGGCUUCAAAUGGCUUCAGUAAGAAAGUAUGGAUUCUGAGUCCAAAUAAAGGCAAAACGCAGGAUUAUAAGACGUACGAAGACGUGUGGAAGCGAGGAAUGUGUCACGGACUUACUAGCGAAGCCCGUAAACGAGAAGCACGUCACUGUACAUCUUGCGAAUUUUAAACGCUGUGUAAUGGCUCGUCUCAAAACCUGGAGCGCGCGGAAUCACAUGUCAGAAAACGUUGAUAUAACCUAUAAAUCGAGUUGCGUUGAACAAAAAAAUGUCGUUGCGACGGUUCAUGCAUCCGAGGAACAAGUACAAGCAGGAGCCAAAUUUCAAGCAACUAGCCAUACUUUAUCCGGAGUUUCGUAAAAUUGCGACAACGGAUCUCGCGGGAAAGGUGCGGAUUAAUUUCCACGAUUUAGAAACCUUGAGAAUACUGGCAAAAACUCUGCUAAAACAUGAUUAUGACUUGAACAUAGAUCUACCAGCCACGAAGCUGGUCCCAGCUGUACCUUUGCGUUUGAAUUACAUACUGUGGAUAGAGGAUUUAGCAAAGCACACCGGUAUCACAGACAUGUCUUUGAUAUCGGGCAUUGAUAUAGGCACUGGAGCGGUGUGCGUUUAUCCGCUGUUAUUUGCAAAAAUUUACGGAUGUCGAAUGAUUGGCACAGAAGUUGAUUUGGAAAGUUACGAGUCAGCGGUGCGUAAUGUAAAUAGCAACAACUUGCAUGACCUCGUUGAAGUGAUACGUGUAAACAGAGGUACGGUACUCAGAGGAUCAGUACCGGAGAACAAUGUUUAUACAUUCACAAUGUGCAAUCCGCCCUUCUUUUGUGCCGAAGAGGCUACGACCACUGGAUCAAAACCUUCGGUGUCCCGAAUGCCCCCGCGAAACGCACCAUCUGGGAGCGAGGCUGAAUUAGUCGUAGAAGGCGGGGAAAUACAAUUUGUCUUGAAAAUGUUGGACGAUAGUGUUGAGCUAAAAAAUAGAAUAAAGAUCUAUACAACUAUGCUCGGUAAAAAGACUAGUCUUACAUUUUUGUGCAAUGAACUCAAGAAACGAAACAUUGAAAACUCUACAUGGACUGAAUUUUGUCAGGGUCAUACAACUAGAUGGGGUUUAGCUUGGACUUUUCUGUCAAAAGAUGUGCUGGAUUUGACAACUGCACCAGUUAUAAGAAUUAGUGGAUGCAGCAAAAAAUUGAAACAGAAAGCUAAACGACCUCCUUCAGAAAUAACUUUCCCUGUAAAAGAUGGCAUGACAGAGACUAAGGAGUUGGUUUUAAUAUUAAGACGUUUAAUCAAUGAGUUGAAGAUCCGAGUUGAAGAAUUACAUGUGAACCCGCAAAAAUCGAGUUACUGGUGUUGUCAAUUGAUGGCUGAUGAAGACACAUGGUCACAUGGCCGCAGAAAGCGUCGAAUGAUGGCUAAUCAAAGUUUACCAUCUAAAAAACCUUGCCCAGAUGUAUGUUCUGAGAAUGGGUCUGAAAAACAAGAAGCCUUGGAUGCAUCUUUCGUAGAUGAUUCUGAAAGAGAAGAAAAGACUACAACCUUGCCAAAUGGUGUAAAUAUUCAGCCCAUUAAUGGAUCGUUUUUAAUCUGCGAUUUGGUUGUGGGAGAGAUCGAAGCUGAUGAUACCGAAAAAAGACUGAAAAUAUCAAUGAUAUUUGAAAGUGGUUCUGGAGGGAGAAAUGCACUGGAAACAUUACGACAGUAUUUUAUAAAUAAAUUAAAUGUAAGAGAGUUCAUAAAAGCUCAAAGCUCAGUUAAAAAUAAACAAAGAAAGCGACGAGUCAAACAGAAAAAAGACAAGACGUAAAAUCGUUGAACAUAUCAAUGAGUUUUCAUGAUAUGACGGCACCAUUGUAAUAAUUACAUGGAUACUGUGAACGGACACAAUAAAACUUAAGUUUUUAGUUUCCAACGAAUGUAGUUGCUUGUCUGUCCUGCUAUCUAAUCUAAUCAUAAUCACUAAAU